AGUAGGCAGGUGUUGCAUGCCAUGGUUUAGUUGUGUGCAGUUGUGUGUCUUGGCAAGAGCUCGGUGAUUCAAAAAAAAUGGCACUCUCCAGGAUAACGUUUACCAAAUUAGCAGAAGUACAGAAACUAUACCCGGCAGCGACUAUCCUGCUAAGGAACUUAAGCGCCGAACAAACCAAUCUAAAGAAUGUACUUCAAGAGAAAAUUCCCAAAGAACAAGAGAAAAUCCGCGAAUUCCGCAAACAGCAUGGAUCUUCCAAAGUUGGAGAAGUUACCGUUGACAUGAUGUAUGGUGGCAUGCGCGGUAUCAAAGGUUUAGUUUGGGAAACAUCUGUCCUCGAUCCCGAUGAGGGAAUUAGGUUUAGAGGAAUGUCUAUCCCGGAGUGCCAACAGAAGCUGCCCAAGGCUAAAGGGGGCGAUGAACCCCUGCCCGAGGGUCUCUUCUGGCUCUUAGUCACUGGAGAUAUACCAACCGAAGCUCAAGUAAACGCCAUCUCUAAGGAAUGGGCACGCAGAGCCGAGUUGCCAGCUCAUGUUGUCACCAUGUUGAACAACAUGCCCAGCAAACUGCACCCAAUGUCGCAGUUCUCUGCUGCAGUGACAGCACUCAACAGCGAGUCCACCUUCGCGAAAGCUUACUCUGAGGGUGUACACAAAUCCAAGUAUUGGGAGUACGUAUAUGAAGAUUCAAUGAACUUGAUUGCGAAGUUGCCCGUGAUCGCUGCAACUAUUUAUCGCAAUACGUACCGUGAUGGCAAAGGUAUUGGCGCUAUUGAUGACAACAAGGACUGGUCCUCAAACUACUGCACCAUGCUCGGCUUUGAUGACCCACAGUUCAGCGAAUUGAUGAGACUCUACCUCACCAUUCACAGUGACCACGAAGGAGGCAAUGUAUCGGCGCACACAACGCACUUGGUAGGAUCUGCUCUUAGCGAUCCUUAUCUAUCCUUUGCCGCUGGUCUCAACGGUCUUGCUGGACCUCUGCACGGAUUGGCUAACCAAGAAGUACUUGUUUGGUUGGAAAAGCUGCGUAAGCAAGUCGGUGACAACUUCACAGAGGAACAACUGAAGGAGUUCAUCUGGAAGACCCUCAAGUCGGGACAAGUUGUGCCCGGCUAUGGACACGCUGUACUCAGGAAGACCGAUCCCAGAUACACUUGCCAGCGUGAAUUUGCUCUGAAGCAUUUGCCCAACGACCCACUCUUCAAACUGGUGGCCGCUGUGUACAAAGUUGUGCCUCCAAUUCUCACCGAGCUCGGCAAGGUCAAAAACCCAUGGCCCAAUGUAGACUCGCACUCUGGUGUCCUCUUACAGUAUUAUGGUCUGAAGGAGAUGAAUUACUACACCGUUAUGUUCGGUGUGUCUCGCGCUUUGGGAGUAUUAGCCCAACUCAUCUGGUCCAGGGCUCUCGGCUUCCCUAUCGAGCGACCAAAGUCGUUCAGCACUGAACUGCUCAUGAAACAGUUCGGCAAGUAAACACAACGAUAAAUGUCAGUUUCCACUGUCCACAACUUAUGUUUGAUAUAUGUGGUCAUCUCUUUCUUUAUGAUUGAAUGUUGACAAUAUGUAUCAAUAUAUCACCGCAGUGGAAUACAACAAUUAAAUUCACCGAUUCACUUAAUUAUUUAGUGAACGUUUUUGUUCAGUAGAAUGCCAUGAAUAUUUGUUCAGUCAAAUAUUGUAUUUUUAUCUAAAUUUUUUUUAUGUAUUAAAUAAAUGCGUAAUUUAAAUGUUUAAGUUUGAUUAUGUAUGUUUAUAGGGUGUUCAAUGAAAUGCCAAAUCUAUUUGUUUUAUUUUUAUUAUAUUUUGUAUACAACUAAAUAUGUUUGUAAUACGUCUGUGGUGACGUUAAACGUUUCGAUUUAGUUGUGUAUUCAAAAUAUAUGAUUUUAAUGGAAAAAAUCAUAUUACAU